UUUCCUUGCUUCUUUGCUUUUGCAACCCUUGCAUCAAUCCUUAUCCUCUUGAUUACCAUGCAGAUGCAAACAACCUCAUGCGACAUUCAUGCAACUAGGUGACCCCAGUGGUGCUUCUGUCUUUUCUUAAAGAAAUGGAGCAUGUAUCAACACUUUGUGCUGCUAGCACUGUCGGUGUCGCUGCCACUGGCUUCGCCUUUGGACGCGUGGAACGCGCUUCAAAAUCACAUGAGUCCCGGAGAAGAUCAUUCUUCUUACACCAUCGCCAUCGAUCCUCCUCCUUCGCGACAGACGUUCCGGAUCGGACGACGACCCCGACGACCCUAACGACUCCUGAUAUACGUCCGAGAUCUUCUUCCAGAUUGUCCGCGAUAGUUGAAUCCACAUUUCGUUCGAAUACAAACCACAGUGAGAAUCAUGUGAAUGAUGUUUCCGAUAGUUGCCAGGCCGCGCGUCCAGAAUCGCGGAGGGAACCAUGGUUCAAUUCUUCGGGACCGCGCCGUCUCCGUCGCAGAGGCUACACCAAUCCCACCCUAACAAACAGUCAGGAUGAUCCGACUGCGUCCCAUUUUAAAAGGCCGUCCUCCUCUUGGUUGCGACGCUUGUCGAUUACCUCUUUCCAAACCGAGAGCCCUGUCCCGAGUCCGACUUCUGCGACCCCAUCAUUCGGUUCAAACAUAGCUCGACCGCCCAGCCGGCGCAGGGAGCCGAAUCGGCUUGUCAAGCGCUCGAAUUCUCAGCAUCUACGUGCUAACCCUCUUCUUGUUAAUACGUCUCGUUCCACUUCGCUGCAUCGGCCUGCUACAAGUUACCAAAGACCCGAGACGUCCGCACGAUGCGCACCGGCACAUACUGGAACACGCGAGUUUGACAAAAAUGUCAACUGGCGGCCUUACUUGGCUUCCAGUUCAAAUGAGUCACCAGAUAGAUGGGUUCGGCCUCGGUCAGCGUCGGGAUUAUCAGUAGAUGAUGCUAUACACCGGAUUCUUCCAGAUCCAUAUGCUGCUCCCGCACUUCUACUAGCGACAUCAAUUACUAGAAAGGAGCCAGAAAAUGACACUGGAACGAGUCGGCGUAUUUCUACCGCCCCUGGCGAUCUCCGAUUCCACGAUCCUUUUGGCAAUGUUGAUACUUCGCUUCAUGCAGCAGAACAACCAUUGCCUUCAGAAGCCGCUCUCAAAAAUGAGCCAGAGACGGUUGUAGCACCGACUACUUCGGAAACUGAACCGGAUAAUCCACCUGGGGGGAAGAGUCUUCAAAUUUCGGUCUCGUUGAGCAGGCCUGAGUCCGUGGUGUCAAUGACAGCGUCGAAUGCAGGAACGAUCAGGAAGUUCAGUGGUAGUGGAUCUUUGAGGCGCGUGAAAGGGAGGACAUUCGCAUCAAACCUGACUUUGUCAGAAUUGUCGAACUUGGAAGGUGCGACCUCAGUCUCUCAACGUUCCGGUAGGCGAAAUGUCACGGACCCAAGUAUUUUUUAUGACCCUGCGACUGCCACGCAGCAUCCAUAUCCUGCCCCGUACUUUUCAGGGAUCAACGAGCCCUUUGGGAAUCCGGUAUCUGCGCCGUUGUCGCGGGCUUCCACUGACAUGACCCGUUUGCGAGGUAUUGCACGGCGUUCUUCUACUUCGGACGCUGUACCACUAUCGCCAUCUCAGUUCGCUUUCUAUCGCCAGCCCGAUCCCACCUGGUCUCCUCCUUUCCGUCAGCGCAUGAAGCGGCUAUCAAUAGCGACUUCCGACCCUGCGUCGACUGUUAUCAGCUCUGAUGACACACAUACAUUUACCUCUGGGGGUGAAGAAGAAACAGACUUCUUGAGUGAAACUGCCUUUGACUCAGUUCGCACAUAUGCGACCGCUAGCAGUUAUUCAAGGCCAGCCCGCGGUCCACGAAUUGAAACAGUUUUUGAUGAAAAUGAUCCCUGUGGGCCGACGAAGGAGCGACUCGCGAGUCUAGAGGAACUCUUGCCGCAUGGCUCCUUCUCAGCUAGGUUGUCUGGCUUGGGUUCUCAAGCUUCGGGGAACAAUGAGGGCUCUAUAAUUGUUCCAAGCGGCACGCCCAGGACGGAUGAAAACCUCCCUGUGGCUCAAGAGUCCGAGAAGAUUUCUGUUGCUCGCAGCGUAUCGCUGAAGUCCAAUUUAUCGGAAGCGAGAAGUUUGGUAGGUCCAUUGCCAAACGACCUGAACGGAUGGUCUUCCAGAGCGUCACGUGCGGUGUUCCCUCUGGCAGGUGGAAGGGACACAUCCGACGAAGAUGGCCAUAUCUUCCCCAAAUCUGAAGAUUCUGCUACCUCGACUGCCUUCCCGCUCCAGCAUAGCAGGGCAAGAUAUCACAGGCAACCGUCUCUGAAUUCUGGCCACAAGGCGAACAUCUUCGACUGGUCCGAGCAACCAGAAUUAUCUGGAUCCAAUGCACGGCCAACUACAGUCCAUGGCAAGCAGGGAAGCGACAGCAGGGCUAGCCGCCCACCCAUUCGUAAGGCACCCAAUACCCUACACUUACGCAGUCAGAGUGUUCCUGCUGCGAGGGAACCGCCCGCCAAUGAGCCACAACAGGCUUCGGCCAAGUUUGGUACCUGGGGCCUAGGUAGUAAGGGUGCCAGUGAAGAUUGGGACAGCGAUUUUGAGUUUGACGACUCUGAAGGAAGCCUAAACAAUGAUAAUGGAAAAUCCAACAAAAAGACGGGCCAGCGCGGGAUGAUUGUUCCAAAAGCGAUUAUGGAGCGUCAGGCUAGCUUGUAUGGGCAGUUUGGCCAGGUCCAAGAGUUGACCCUGCUAGUUGAAGAGCUCAAGCGCCUUCGUCAUCAAGCUAAUCAUCUGAAUAUCGUCAAUGGGUCAUCCAGUGAGUUGUGGAAAGAAGCGGAUAGCAUUGUCAGGCUCGCUACAGUUAACGAUGAUGACGAUGAUAAUUCACCUCCUCGAUCUCCAUCUUCUCUGACUUUUAGCUUUGACGAUUCGGAAGAGGAAUCCCAUGAUGUGGAUGAGCCUGAGAAACAUCGCAGUGGGGCGUCAUUUCCAGACACUGCCCCGGAACAAAUCAAUUCGUCUAGUAGUGCCUCCCCUGACCAGCGCCCUGAGGAUCCCACCGCUAAAGGCACGUCCGUGCUGGACUUGAUCUAUCAACGACGUACUUCCCCUGAUUCGCUGUGUCUGGAUACUGGAGUAUCACGUCCCCGAAAACUUCUCUUUGACACACAGUCACUCCAUGACCUUGUUGCACGCGCUGGUACUGUCACUCGUGCGUUGAAAGAUGUGAUCCGCAAAGCAGAAGGAGUAGCGCCUGCUUCUGUGGACGAGGUUCUCCAACCCAAUCCGCCCUUCAGCCGAAUUUUCGAUCAACCACAGGGCGGUCUUUUGGAGGUCUGACUAUCUGACACUCGUCACAUCUCGUUUUCAUGACACAAAAUUCUCCUUCCUCAUUCUCCAGCGCUUUUCCCAAAAUUUGCCAAGACCUUAAAUAUCUGAGACGAUUGCAUGAAAGACAAGAAAAACGAAAAGUUCCUAGGGCGGAGUCAUGUCAUAAUGCAUUGCUUGGUGACGAAAGACGUUCGAAACAAAAUUUUUACAUUAGACUAAUUGUCCUGUAUGAGUGAACCACUUCUGUUGGAUGUAUCUUCUUUUUCUCCUUUGGGGCUCUCAUGUUAGGUAGGUAUGUGUGUUUGGACCUUUUUCUUGUACGAGUGUUACGGAGCAUCAGUUACUGGACCCUUUUAUUUUUCCUUUGCUUUAUUUCAUUAUGUCUUUACCUAUUCCCUAAUUUCCGUUUCAUUUCCCUUAUGUCAUAUGAGCCUGAGAGAUGUUUGUCCGUCAAGCUCUUUGUCUGGGGUUCAACUCCUCUGGGGACUUUCUCAUGGCAUGAUGUCUGGAAAGAUAAAAUGAGGAAAAGAGGGAUUGAUUAUAGGAAUACAUUAAUGAGGGUGUGCAUCUUACAUACAUGGCGUGUAUCAGUCAAUGUUAAGACUACUUCAAAUGAGAAAAAAAAAAGAAAUAAGUGGUACUGAUGCAGGCUUAUUAAUUAUUCUAGAGAGAUUAGUUGAAGCUGGUUUUAGGAUAUCAGUAUAUAUCUGAAUGGAAUGGCUUAGUCUGCAAGAAGCACAGAAGCCC